GCUUAAUUGUUUGUUGACCGCGAGGAGAAGAAGGAAGAACAAGAGCCCUGGCUUCGUUUAGUCGCGCUUAGUGUUGGUGUCGCGCUAGUUCGGUUGCAGUAUGGAAUUUACUAAUUUUGGAAAUGGGGCAGAUAAAGAACGAUUACGGCAAGAACUGAAGGCAGUUCAUACGGAGCUGCUAAAAAAUGCUCAAAAGAGUGCCGAAAUUCGCGUCACUCACGAAGUGUCAAACAAACUACGCGGCGACAACAUUUGGAUGCAUCCUUCAGUCGAAAAAAAUAUCUCAGAUUUUGGCAACACUACUGCUUCAGAAGAACGAAAAGAAACGAAAAAAAAAUCGAAGGAAAAGAAAAAGAGAAAAUCUAAGAAACACAGGAAGCCGGCAAAAAAAGAAAAGACUCAAACAAGUUUAAGUAGCGUUAAAGAUAAAAGAAAGCAAAAACGAAAGAAAUGCAACCAUAAUGAAAGCUAUACCAGUUCUGGCGAGAGCGAUAGCACUGAUGAAUGGGUUGAAAAACCAAUAUAUGAAAGCCAGAAAAGUGAGAAAAUUUUGAUCCGAGAUGACUGGAUGACAGAGUGUGUCCCGUUGAAAACCUUCUCAAAAGAACUUAUUCAAAAGAAAAAAUCGACGGAAGAAUCAUACGAUCCAUCGACAAGCUAUAAGGAAGGGAACCGCUACUGGAAAAAUGGCGGCAAUGGGCUGCCACCAUUUAAAGAAUUUUGUGAUAACGACGCCACCUACCAAAACCCAUAUCCCUCGACAAGUUCAUUAAAUUGGGCGCCACGGGGAAAUUGGCGUAAAAAAACAAAUAUUACUGAAACGGCCUUCGAUGCUGGAAAUUUAAGUGACAUUAAUGGUAUUGAUAUUCACAUCUCAAAGUCUGAUCAGGCACAAAAUGAGAAAUCACCAAUAAUGAAAGAUAAACAAAAAAGUAUGGAAACAGCUUUAAGUCUUUUAACUGAUCAACAAAUGAAUGAACUAGGUGCGAAAAUUGUUAAAGCAGAAAUUAUGGGUAACAUAAAAGAAGCUAAUGAGCUAACUGAAAAGCUCGCGAAAGCUCGAGAAAUGCGGAAGAAGAAUAUAACAUCAAACGUUCUAGAACUAACUAAGGAUAGAAUCGACAGCUCAACAAAAGAUGAGGGCGAUGAUGAUCAUGUAUUACUAACUACAACUGAUAUUAGGGGCAAUACGCGACCUUUGCUCGAUUAUCGCCCAGGAUUUUCUAAAUCAUAUGACAGAAAUGAAACAAGUUGCUACGAGAAAUCUGGAUCUCUCAACGAUGAAAGUCACUAUGAUAUAAGGAAAAUGUUUGAGCGUGAAAAGAUUGAAAGUGGGGAACAUAUGGAUGCUCAAUUCACUAAAAUUGUUGGAAAAUACAAGAAUUUGGGAGGAAGCUAUUCGGAUGUAUUCACUGAUAUGAUGCCGGAGAAAAUAUCAGAUUACAGUGGAAAUAACAAAGAAGAAAACCAGGCAAUUCGUGAACACGAACGCUUUACCCGAAUGCUAGAAAUUUGUGACCGUUGUUUUGAUUCGCCUAAAAUGGAGAAGAAUUUGAUUGUAUUCUCCGGAUCAACUGUAUAUCUGUCUUUACCAUGGCAUAAAGGUUUACAAUCAGGUCAUUGUCUGAUUUCUCCUCUCCAACAUAUUCCAUGCUCCACACAACUUGAUGAAGAUACUUGGUCUGAAAUCAACGAUAUUCGAAAAGCAUUAACUCAAAUGUUCCAUGCUCGUUCACAGGAUGUUGUAUUUUUUGAAACAGCUCGAUAUCUUAAUAGACGACCACAUAUGGUAAUACAUUGCGUUCCCAGCAAACAAUUUGAUAUGGCGCCAUUCUAUUUUAAAAAAGGGAUUCAAGAAUCUGAACAAAUGUGGUCAAUGAAUAAACAACUAAUUUCAUUAAAAGAAAUGGACGUGAGGAGAGCCGUUCCAAAAGGGCUACCUUACUUCUGGGUGCAUUUCGGUGUAUCGUUUGGAUUUGCUCAUGUUAUAGAAGAUCAGGAGCGUUUCUCCAAACAUUUUGCAGAGGAGAUCAUAGGAGGGUUGUUGAAGUUGGACCCAAGGACCUGGCGUAAGCCCAAAGAAGACCACAACGUGAUACCUAAGGUGAAACAGUUUGUUGAAUGGUGGCAAAAAUUCGAUUGCACCAGGCAGUAGACAAGACUUAAAAAGAAUGAAAAAAAUAAAAAGGCAUUCGUGUUUAGUUGUUUA